GGGGUUGAGUCGUUGGUGGUAACCUCAAGUAGGUCACGUGCUUACCUUCUUCCCCAAAACAUAAUUAGAUGAACUGAUGAGUCUAUAUAAGUAACUAAAUGUUUCUCCAAUGCCCAUACACCUAAUUCCCAUAGCUAUAAUUUCCCUUCUUCCCACCAUUUUUGUUAUUAGCUGACAGCUGUUGUCUAUCCCUCAGAGAUGGCGAAGACGACGGCCUGCGUGGUGGGAGGCUCCGGCUUCGUGGCUUCUAUACUUGUCAAGCUGCUGCUUCAGAAAGGCUAUGCCGUCAACACCACUGUCAGGGACCCUGACAAUCAAGACAAAGUUUCUCACCUCCUAGCACUGCAGGAGUUGGGCGAGUUGAAAAUUUUUCAAGCAGAUUUAACUGAUGAAAGGAGCUUUGAUGCUGCUAUAGCAGGUUGUGAGUUUGUCUUCCAUGUUGCAACGCCAGUCAACUUUGCUUCUGAAGAUCCAGAGAAUGACAUGAUCAAGCCAGCAAUCGAAGGAGUACUGAAUGUUUUAAAAGCCUGUUUGAAAGCAAAAACAGUUAAACGUGUCAUUUUGACAUCAUCCGCUGCUGCUGUGUCCAUCAAUAAGCUUAAUGGGACAGGUCUAGUCAUGGACGAAGGGAAUUGGACUGAUGUUGAGUUCCUCAGUUCCGAGAAGCCGCCCACUUGGGGCUACCCUGCAUCAAAGACACUGGCUGAGAAGGCAGCCUGGAAAUUUGCUGCAGAAAAUAACAUUGAUCUCAUUACUGUCAUUCCUUCACUCAUGGCUGGCCCUUCUAUUACUUCUAACAUUCCCAGCAGUAUUGGUCUUGCUAUGGCCUUGAUCACAGGGAAUGAAUUCCUCAUAAAUGGUAUGAAGGGUAUGCAGAUGCUGUCAGGUUCAAUCUCUAUAUCACAUGUCGAGGAUGUUUGCCGAGCUCACAUAUUUGUUGCUGAGAAAGAAUCAGCAUCUGGUCGAUAUAUUUGCUCUGCUGUGAAUACCAGUGUCCCCGAGCUUGCAAAGUGCCUGAGCAAAAGAUAUCCUCAGUAUAGAGUGCCUAUUGAUUUUGGGGAUUUCCCCUCCAAGGCCAAGUUAAUUAUCUCCUCGGAGAAGCUUAUCAAAGAGGGGUUCAGUUUUAAAUAUGGAAUUGAAGAAAUCUAUGAUCAAACUGUGGAGUACUUCAAGGCUAAGGGAUUGUUGCAGAACUGAAGUGUAAAUUUUCUAUUUCUGCUGCUGCAAAAUGGAAUGCCAGAGCAUGGUUGGCACUUACUGUUUUAAUUGCUCUAAGCAAUUUAUUAAAUAAUAUCUUUGUUUUUCUGGGAUUGCA